AUAUAGCCGGCCAAAGUAAUAAAUAAUCCAAUGCUCGCUAGCCUCGCGCAUAUGAUAUUCAGAGUCACACAGUUCAAAUGCAGGAAAGUUUUCGAAGUCCAACGCUGUGUUAUCAUUUGAUAGGUAGUGUUGUUAACAGAUAGCUGGAUCUAACAACACAAGAAAAUGAUAUUCGCAAAGGCAAUUUCCCGUUUCAGUUUGACAAUGUUGAUCAAGAAAAGGACAAUUGCUAGUUUGGCUGCCCUUCCAGAAACUCAUCAGAUGCUCCAUAAGACCUGUCGUGAUUUUACAGACACUGAACUAAUUCCAAUUGCAGCUAAAAUAGAUCGGGAGCACCAAUAUCCUGCAGAACAGAUUGCAAAAAUUGGUGAUUUAGGUUUAAUGUCUAUUGUUCUCAGUGAGAAGUAUGGAGGUUCAGGAUUGGAUUAUCUUGCGUACGCUAUAGCUAUGGAGGAAAUUUCACGUGGAUCAGCAUCGAUUGGAGUGACCAUGUCAAUCCACAAUUCACUCUAUCUAGGGCUGCUGGAAAAGUAUGGGAAUGAACAACAGAAAAAUACGUUUAUUCCAGGAUACACUGAUGGUCGAAAAAUCGGCUGCUUUGCGUUAUCUGAACCAGGAAAUGGUUCAGAUGCUGGGGCAGCAUCGACUAGCGCUACGCAAAAGGGUGAUCGUUGGGUGUUGAACGGAACAAAAUGUUGGAUAUCAGGAGGAUACGAAGCUGGGACUGGAAUUGUGUUCGCUACCACUGACAAAAGUCUGAAACACAAAGGGAUAUCAGCCUUCAUUGUACCAAUGAAUUCCAACGGAUUGAGUCGUGGCAAGAAAGAAGACAAGCUUGGAAUUCGGGGUACGUCCACGUGUCAGCUUAUUUUUGAAGACUGCGAAAUUCCAAAAGAAAAUAUACUCGGCGAAGCGGGACAUGGAUUCAAAAUAGCAAUGCAAUCACUGGAUGCUGGUCGCAUUGGAGUGGCUGGUCAAGCUUUAGGAAUAGCUCAGGCCUCUCUAGAGUGUGCGGCAGAGUAUGCCACCAAAAGAAUUGCAUUUGGUAAACCGAUAUCUAAGUUACAGUUAAUACAAAGCAAAAUUGCUGACAUGUCAGUGCGAGUGGAAUCGGCUAGAUUACUGACUUGGAGAGCCGCAUGGCUGAAGGAUAAUAAAAGGCCAUUCACAAAGGAAGCCGCUCAGGCCAAGUUAGCCGCAUCAGAAACGGCCACAUUCUGUGCUCAUCAAUGUAUGCAAAUUCUGGGAGGAAUGGGUUAUGUGUCUGAUAUGCCUGCGGAACGAUAUUACCGUGAAGCACGAAUAACAGAAAUCUACGAAGGAACCUCUGAGAUUCAAAGACUUGUCAUUGCUGGGCAAAUUAUAAAGGAACUUGCUUCAUGAUUUCUUCCUUGUUCAAAACUUACCGUUUUCAUUUAUAUUUGUAUUUUGAGCCCCAUAGCAACUAAUAAUGGAGUUCAUGGAAGUAAUAUUUAUAAAAUUAUAUAAAUGAAUAAUAUGUAUAUUAUUUGUCAUCACUUUUCUUCCGAUGUUAUGUUCGUUACAUGAUAACAUGAUACAGAAUGGGCUUUUCCCUCACUCCAAAUAAAAUAAAAUAAAAAACAAA